ACCACCUCAGUCCGCGUCAAGCACUUGUCGCCGCUCCACGCACGUCACGCUAUUGGCCAAUUUGAAAUUCGAACACUCCAAUCGACCGGCCAAUCGCGUUCGAACUGACGUUUGAUUUCUUUUUCGCGCAGUGUCCGUUAUUUGUGGCCAGUGUUUACCGCCUUUUCGGAGGCUGAUUUUAUUUAUUUGUGACAUUGACUAGAAACAGUGACAACACAUUAAGGUCGGAUUUUCUCACGUUACGGUCUGAAUAAACAGCGCGCUAGAAAAACCGGUCAGCGGAUUAUUGACCCAGUCUCGAUCGGUCACCGGAACCAUUAUGCCUUACAUAUCCAUCACUAUCUAACGCAGCGGACCUGACUCGCAUUGCAACUGACAAUCACCGUUACUUAAUUAUGCCAGUCUAAUAGUUCCACUAUGAUGGAAGACGUCGCGCCCCGCCCCAGCGUCGAAUACAUCCCGCCACUGCCACCUAAAGUCAAGCAGAAGGCCACUACGUUUACACAAAUAACUAGCGAUGAUACUAAGUUAAACGGUAACAUGGAUUCGCUCAGUUCGAUGCACUCACUCGUCCUUAAUUCUAAGCCUUCUGCAACGGUAUUCAUAGCGGCGACUCAGCCAGAACGGCCUGCAAGCACGUCUAGUUCGGACGCUCUAAACGGCCCACACGUGGUCACUAUCAGAAUAAACACAGACUCCGACAAACCGAAAGCGCCUAAAAUCUCGAGCGUUCACCUGAAAAGCGACGCCGACUUCGACGCCUUCAAACUCAACGACAUUUACAAGAAAAACAACAGCCUGGUCAGGCUCAAUGCCGAAGAUCGAACCAAAAUUUUAGAUGAGGAAUUAAAAACUGAUAAACCACCGUAUAUCUACUGCAGCUCCUAUAUGAACUCUAAUAUGGUAAUGUCAAGUGGGCAGUGCUCGCCGAGCGAUACCCUAGAUUCCGGAACCUGCAGCGACCUUGACGGCACACCGCCCCCGCUACCUAAAAAGAAGCUCACGAAGUCUACAAAGAAAGUCUCUGUGACUCUAAUUAGUUCCACGAACGGCAGUCAUGAUGAAUAUGAAGACAACGAUUCUAACAUAUCGUGCGAUUCGCUUAAUAGUAGUGAGCUUAAUGGAAGCGUACACGCCGACGAAAGUCAUAGCGAAGAUGGCAAGGACGUAAAGAAACCACCUGCCGCGCCGAUGAUGCCGGCUUUUGAAGCUAAUACGAACAACAAAGACAGCAGCUUUCUACCACAAGGUCUGCUCCAAGAUAUUAGAGACCGUUCUGUCAAACUCAAUACGGUCGAAACUGAAAGCGAACCGGCCAAGCCUCUGGAAGCGAACCAGAAUAUUAAUGAAAAUGCUAAUUUAUCGAAAGAAAGCGCGCAACUAACGUCGUUCCGUCUAGUUUCUCAGUGUAAUAGUGAAGUGACGACUAAUUCAGACGGAGAUUCAUCACUGAACGUCUCAAAAACCCCUCUAAUUAGCGAAAGCACGUACGAGGAGCGCAAGAAGGAUAAAAUUAAACAAGAACAAAUGUGUUACAGUAGCAAUUAUUUUGACGCGGAUAAAUAUUAUGACUUCCAUCUCAAUGAAAAACAGUUCGAUGAUGUUCAGUCCUUGAAAAGUGUUAGUGGUGUGAGUGUUAAAAGUGAUGAGUUAUCAGAAUUGGAAUAUUUUGCGGGAAUAAAGGAUUACAAGAGUGAAGAAGCUCCUUCGACGAUAAGGAGUUCGAAGGGCACGAUACGCGGCGUGAAAAAUCGUGUCCGAGCCGGCAUAGCAACAUUUCUCCAAAUCCAGAACACGACAAAGAGCUACAAAGAAAAAGACGCCGGUAAAGUCGUAGUCUACACCACCACCAUGGGCAUCGUCCGCAGCACGUACCAGCGCUGCAACCUCGUGAAGAAGAUCCUCAGGAACCUCCUGAUCAAAUACGAGGAGCGGGAUGUGUUCAUGAGCACAGAGUAUCAAGAUGAGAUCAGAGAUAGGAUGAAGAGCGACCAGAUCCGAAUUCCGCAAUUGUUUGUGGAUGGCCAGUAUGUUGGGGACGCGGACACCGUGGAGAAACUCAACGAGAGUGGGGAGCUAAGGAAAAUGCUUAAACCUUAUAAGAGCCCCGACGCUUGCAAUACGUGUCAGAUGUGCGGCGGGUUCCGCCUCCUACCCUGCAGAAUCUGCAACGGCUCCAAGAAGAGCUUACACCGCAACCAUUUCACCGCUGAGUUCGUGGCCCUCAAGUGUAUGAAUUGCGACGAGGUCGGGCUCGUACGGUGUGAGGUGUGCUCUUGAAGCUGGGAACAUGCAGCUUUCAAGAAUAUUACAAUAUAUGGUUAGCAGAAUAUGUCUGAUAUAAAUGAAGACGGACUUUUAAAGUUGGUGAAAUAUGUCGAAUAAAAUGUGCAGGAAUCAUAUCUGCAUGAAUAGGAAGGCAUGAUUCAAAUCAGUUCAGACAGAAAAAUCUGUACAUCGUGAAGUCUAAAGCGUAGUACUUCUACUGUAGAGCUGCUCAAAUUAUUGACAUGUCUGGAGAGCUGCUGAUUCAACGACAUAGCCAGAAGAAAAUGCUUUGUGUUUAAAACGGAAAAGUUUUCAAGUGUUGUGUUAAAAUGAAAUAAGUAUAGUGGUAAAUUCACUGUGUAAAUAUUAUUAAUGGUGUUAGUUGUAUUUAUAUUUUGUCAGUUGUGAGUAACAAAUAUAAGUUUCGAUAUACGAUUUGAAACUAACAUAAUCAUUUAUUUACAUUUUAUCACAGGAUAUUUAUCAUGUAAAUAUCCCGCGAUAUUCUGUAGUUAUCAAUUAGGUAAGUGUAUAGAUGGGAAACUUUUAAAAAUAUACAGUCUUGGCCUUUGGUACUUUUAAAAUUGUGUAUAUGAUCAAUUGGUCAUAAAGUGCAAGAGAUUAUAAUUCAUAUAGGUAUUUUAAUUUUGAGGCAGUUAUCAUUUUUCUAAAAAUGGUAAAUGAAAAAAAUAACUACGUAUGUAUUUCUUUUAGAAUUGUAUUAAUUGAACAAUGUACUUCAUUUAAUUUUUAAUUCAACGAAAAUAUUAUCUUAUGUACCUUCACUAAUAUUUAUAUUAUUUUGUAUUAAAAUAUUUUAAAUAGAAUAAUAAAGGUAUGUCGCCUCGAAGUAACAAGAAAUAAUGUAGGUACCUGUUAAUUCUAUCAGAAUUAUUCAACAAAAUAUUUUCUUUUUCCACGUUUAAUCUUAAACUUAAUGAAUUAAUUUCAUAGUCUUUUCAAUGUUUGUUUUCGUUAAUUUUAAAGCUGUUAGCAGUCGUACGAUUUUCUGUAAAAAGUGUAUUUAGAGAAUAGUAAUAUUAUUCCAUAAACAUAAAAUGAAAUUAAACUUUUCGUAUUUUGGUCCUUGUUUUAAGAUUAUGCUCUUAAAUGCUAUUAAUACAUGAAUCAAGUAACAAUUAUACAGGUAUAUUAAUAUUUUAAUUUACAAGAGGACAUUUAAAUAGAACGGACGGUUGUAAGACUUAUCAUAUGUUAUUGAUAGGUACCUACUUACUUAAUAUUAAUUUAAGCAGUAAUUAUAAUAAUUAUGCCAUAAAUUAGUUAAAACAUUGUAAGUUAAUAAAAUAUUGGAUGUUAUAAUGUAUUUUAAGGAAUCCUUAUGAAACAAAUAGGAUAAAUAUAUUUUUAUGCAUGUA